UCUUAUGAGUUGUAUCCAGGGCCGCAAUAACACCGAAAUAUAUAAAUAUAAGAAAAAAAAAUACAGAGUGGCCGAGAAAUUGCGAAGAUUUCUUAAGAAAUUCAAAUUCAAAACUGAAAAUUUCCAGAAAGUUGAAGAGAAAAAGCUGCGGCCAGCCCACCGGCGCGAAGACAGUGGGGUUUGAGAUAAUCGAGAAAAAUGGAUAAUGAAGCUGUCGCUAGUGGUGGUGCCGGCAGCGGCGGAGGUGCUAAUGAGGUUGGACCAGUAUCUGGGGUAUUGUCGCCGAAGAGUAGGAUGAAGUUCUUGUGUAGUUAUGGCGGGAAAAUCUUGCCGAUAUCCGCCGAUGGCCACCUAAAGUAUGUUGGCGGCGAGACGCGUUUCGUUGCGGUUCCUAGAGAUAUUACCUUCUCAGAGUUGAUGAAGAAGCUUAGUUCGGAAUUCGAAGCGGAUAUGGUCCUGAAGUACCAGGUAAUACCUGAAGAUUUUGAUGUGUUGGUCUCUGUUCGAACUAAUGAGGAUGUGAAACACAUGUUUGAUGAAUAUGAUCGCCACGGAAGUGAAGCAACUGCAAAGCUUCGAGCUUUCCUUUUCCCUUCCAAUCCUGUCAUACUUGAGAACCAAAAUAUCCCUGCAGAUCCUCGAGUAAUUGAACAAUGUUAUAUCGAUGCCCUCAAUAAUACAGUUCGUUCAUUUUCCAAUUUGAGGCUUCCCCAUAUCAAUGCAAAUCACCCCAGCUUUAGCAUUUCUGCUUGCACUUCUCCGAGAGGCACUUCCCCCGACAAUAUUGCUGUUGAUGCUGUGCCCCAUGAACCCACUCUCAUGAAUAGCUGCCAUAAUCGUAAUACUCGACUACGUAUGCAUAAAGUACAUAGCUCUCCAAGUCUCUACAAUCUCAAUGCCCUUCACCACCAAACCAACAACCACAGACAGCACCAUCAUCAAUAUUAUCAACACCACCAGCAACACCAUCUGCAUGGCUAUCAAUCUUCGAGACUGGCUCAUGAACCUCACUGUCUGACUCCAUCUUCCUCACAUGGAUGCCCUGAAACUGGAAGGGCUCCUGUUACUCCCCUAAAAAAGUACUACUCAAAUGUACAUAAUGUGGGGAGUGGAAACUCCAGCAAACAUGGGAACCAUGAUGAUCACUCGCCGUAUGGGUGUAGGACUACCGAGAGAUUGGAAAGUCAUCCAACAAGUCCGAAGAAUAAAAUUCUGGAGUAGAGCAUACACAUAUGAGAUAAUUGGGAUUGAAUUGGCUGAUUUGAGGAGCUUAAAGAUGGCAUGGAAGAUAUUUUAUUUUUCUCUUGAUUCUAUACAUAUUCUUUGUUUGCUACAUAUGUUUAGCUUUUCUUUUGGAUGUGUUAUACAGUUGUGUUGUAGGUUUGAGUAGAUUUGAUAUGUUACUUGUCAAGGGACUGUGGAAACCUUACAAAAUUAAGAUGCUAUAGCCAAUACUAUAUUUGAAGAUUUUCUC